AUGUUAUCAUAUUGGGAAAAAGAAUCAUUAUUGAAAUAUGAUUACAUUGUAGUUGGAGGUGGAAUUGUUGGAUUAUCUAGUAGCGUUAGUAUCAAAGAGCUCAAUGCACAUGCAUCUGUAUUGAUAUUGGAAAGAGAAGUAAUACCAACAGGUGCUAGCACUAAAAAUGCUGGUUUUGCAACUUGUGGUAGUCUAACUGAACUAUUGGAUGACCUCAAAACAAUGUCAAAAGAGACGGUUAUCAAUCUUGUAAAGACUAGAAGAGAAGGUUUGAAACUACUAAGAGACAGAUUGGGCGACGAUAAUAUUGGUUACAAAGAUAAUGGUUCCUAUGAACUCAUAUCUAAAGAUCAACUAUGGGCAUUACCUCAUCUUCAAUCUAUCAAUGACAUGCUAAGACCUGUAUUGGGUGGUGACGCUUUCACAUUGUGUAGCCAACAAGAUCUCAUCAAUAGUCAAUUCAACAGAGAUUAUGCUCUCCAUCUGAUUAAAAAUAAUUAUGAAGCAGAGAUUAAUACUGGUAUGAUGAUGAAGGCUUAUUGUCGUUAUGCUCAACAACUUGGUGUAGAAAUUAAAAAUGCUCCCGUCAUUUCAUUUUUUGAUCAACAACAACAACAACAACAACAACAACAACAACAAACUCAACAACAAGAUUACAAUGUAAGGGUUAUGGUAAAGAAUAAUACUUUGGGUGAAAAUAUAGAGUUUAUUUGCAAGAAAUUGGUCAUUUGUACAAAUGCUUUCACAAAUGAAGUUCUCGUUCUUGAUAAUAAUCAAAAUAAUCAAAAUAAUAAGGAAGAUGUAAUUCCAGGUAGAGGACAAGUAAUUUAUGCAAGCAACAUUCAAGGUGGUGUACCAUUUAAAGGUAUCUAUCAUUUUGAUGAAGGAUAUUAUUACUUUAGAGAAUUAGAUGGUGGCAUUUUAUUUGGUGGAGGUAGAAACUUGGAUGUACAAGGUGAAAUGUCGACAGCCUUUAAGAGCAACAAAAAGAUUUUAGAUAGUUUGGAAGAUUAUCUUUCAAAAGUUAUCAUUCCCAAUCGAUCUUUUACUAUUGAAUAUCAAUGGGCUGGUAUUAUGGCUUUUGGUAAAGACAAGAAACCAAUCAUUAAAAAUUAUUCACCAAAUAUUUAUCUUGCCGUUAGAAUGGGUGGAAUGGGUGUUGCAAUUGGUAGUUUGGUUGGUAAACAAGUGGCAUCAAUGAUGUUGCCAACAACCAAUAAUAAUAAUAAUAAUAAUAAUAAUAAUAAUAAUAAUAACAACAACAAUCAGAGAAGAGUACAUUUUAAAUCUUCUCUAUAG